AUGCUGAGGACUGUAGAGCAACAGCCAGUGUCUGACCCAGUCCAACCAGAUGUUUCUGUGACUCAACGGUGUACAGUACUCUCUGAGACCUGUACAGGAGAACACAGUGUGUACUGGUUCAGAGCUGGAUCAGGAGACUCCCAUCCAGGAGUCAUUUACACCCCUGGGAACAGGAGAGAUGGGUGUAAGAAGAACCCUGAGACUCCAUCUCCAACACAAAGCUGUGUCUACAGCCUCUCCAAGAACAACCUCAGUCUCUCUGAUGCUGGGACUUACUACUGUGCUGUGGUCACAUGCGGGGAGAUCCUGUUUGGUGAAGGAACAAAACUUAACAUCAUUAAAGGAAGCACAGUGGAUCCCAUUGUCCUCAGCUUGGGAGCAGCAGUGGCCUUGUGUGUGAUUGUCAUUUUUAUUCUUGCUUGUACCAAAAACAAGAGACAAACAUGUUAUCAUUGUAAAGCAAGUGUCUCUCAGCAUAUUCACCAUGAUGAUAACCUCUCAUCGGAGCAGUCAAGUGUGCCAAAGACAUCUCUGUUAAAUUACCCUGCAUUGCAUUUCUCUGAGAAGAAAACUAAAAGAGGAAGAAAGAAGAGAGAGACACCACAGGAGAGUGUGUACUCUGAUGUCAGGUACUCGAACUGGGACUGA